AUGGCCGCCGCCGCAGACUCUCCGCCUCCGCCACCGCCUUCAACCGCCGCAACCUCACACGCUAAAUCCGACCAGAUUAACAAGCCGCCGCCCACAAAUCCGGCUCCUCCACUCGCAACUUACGUCUUCCGGCUACCGAGAGAGCAUAUCUUCCGCCAUCCGCCGCCGGAGAAUGCCGCAAAAUACGAGAAGCUCCGUCGCGAUGAAGAACGCCGGAGCCGCCGCCGCAGAUGCUGCCUCCUCCUCUUCCUCCUGAUCAUCGCCGCCGCCGUCUCCGCCGCAGCGAUCUACCUCGUCCUCCUAUCCCUAUCGCCGAGCUACACAGUGACCAAAAUCGCUGUACGUGGAUUGAAUCUAACUUCCGCGGCGCCGAUCUCGCCGGAAUUUGACGUCACCGUCAGAGCCGAGAACCCUAACCACAAAAUCGGAAUCUACUAUUUGAAGGAGAGCUCCGUGAAAGUCUACUGCGACGGAGAGAUGCUCGGCUACGGCGUUUUGCCCGAUUUCUACCAGCCGAGGAAGAACGUGACGGUGGUGAGGGCGACGGCGGGGAGUUUCGCCGUCCUUCUCGGCGGCGCCGUUAAAACGGAGUUAAGCAAUGCACAGAGCUGCGGGAGAGUGCCGUUAGUGUUGACGGUAGAAGCGCCCGUUAAGUUUAAAGUUGGGUUCGUUAAGACGCGGGAAAUCACAGCCAAGGCGAAGUGCGACGUCGUUUUGGACAAGUUGAGUGAUAAAGCACAAAUUCUUUCUAAGCAUUGUCAUACAGCUCUAGAGUCUAGACUAUUGGGUUAG